GAUACAGUGGAAUCAGCUGACACGAGCAGCUGACUGAUUUGGCUUUUCUAAGUGGAGUGAAGUAGUGCUCGUUCUUUACGUUGUUUUUGAAAGAAAGUAUUUUGUUCAUUUUUGAUCCUGUCGUGCUAAAAACGUCAUUAUCAGAAUUGACAAUACCUAAUUCUGGCCAGAGAAAGAUGGCUACAAACAGGUACCAGACCAUUGUCCAGGGAGAAGCAUCAGAAACGGACUCUGAGGAGGAGGAGUUUUAUAUUUCCUCAGGUCCCCCAGUCUCCUUUUCUGGUGCUGCAGGGGUGAAAGUUGAAGGUGAAGCAUCAGAAACGGACUCUGAAAAAGAAGAAGAAAGAGAAUCAGCAGAAAUUUCUCUGGACUCUGGAGCUGUAAACAUGCAGCUUCCACCCCUUAUUGUAAUCCGCAAUGAGCAGCAAAGUUCUCCUUCAGCGAUGGAAGAGAAACCAGCUUUACAAAUUAAGCACAGUGGACGCUACAGCACCUUGUUGCAGCAGAAGCUACUAGAAAGCAAUGCACGUCUCCAUCAUGAUGUUAGCGGUACAGUGAAACAGGUGUACCAGAAUGCCACAAAGGAGAUUCGAACAGCCACUGCCCACCUCAGUAACUCCCAGUCAGGGAUCAUUAAUGCUUCUUAUACUAUACGUCAAAUUCUAGAAGAUCUCAGAGCUGUUUCUGAAAAAAUUGAUAUAAUCACCAGUUGUGACUUACUGCCCGAUAUUCGUAUGCCCUCUACCCAGUAGACCUGAAAGGACAAGACUAAGACUAACUGUGUAGAAUCGGAUACUUCCAAAAACAAAAAAACCCCGCUUUGUCCUAUUUUAUUUCUUUUUUACAUGUUUAGUAAGUGGAAGGUACUGGCAGUUAACCUGCAUUAAGUGGAAGGUCCAUGGGACGAGUACCACUUUCUUUCAUGUGUUACAACAUUCUUGUAGUACCUUGGUGACAAUGUACUCUAGAUUCUGUGCAUUUUCUUCACAAGCCAUAGUUUUUCACCUCUUAUUGCUGAAGUUCCUCAUAGUACAUUUUGAAGUUUCCCACCUUUGUUACUGAUAUUCAUAAAAGUCCCAAACACCUGGAAGAGAAAUAUGUAUCAUACAGUCAAAAAUCCUGUGGGUGACGUUCUGUAACAGAAGUGUUAGAGAGACUGUGAGUCGCACACCUUGUGUAGUAGCUGAUUGCAGCAGAGCAUCAGAAAAUACUGUAGUAAAACUCUGAUUAAUCUGAUUGCGCAUUAAUACAUUUAUUAAACAAACUACAUUGUAGUUGAGUAUUA